UUCAUUUCCCCGCUGCUGGACUUCCAUCAUUCAUCGGACAAUCAUCCAGAGAGAGAGAGAGAGAGAGAGAGAAGAGAGAGAGAAAUCAUUGGAUUCCGAUCUCUGUUCUCUUUCUUUCCCUUCGUUUGGCGAUCCAGAGAUGCCUCGAGGCAGGCUCGAAGUUCUCCUCGUUGGCGCCAAAGGCCUCGAGAAUACCGAUUUCCUCUCUAACAUGGACCCAUACGCGGUUGUCAUUUGUCGGACUCAGGAACAGAAAAGCAGCGUUGCAUCAGGUAAGGGAACUACUCCCGAAUGGAAUGAGACCUUUGUAUUCACCCUCUCGGAUGGUGUUUCAGAAAUUAGGAUCAAAGUUAUGGAUAGUGACAACUUCAGUGAGGAUGAUUUUGUUGGAGAGGCUACCAUUCCGUUAGAACCAUUGUUUGAUGAAGGCAACAUCCCACCAACCGUUUACAAUGUUGUGAAAGCCGAAGAAUUUCGUGGAGAGAUUAAGGUUGGCCUGACUUUCACUCCCGAGAGAGGCUCUGAACUGGAAUUCAAGGCAGAGGAGGGGAACUAUGGUGGAUGGAAGGAAUCAGCCAUGGAUUAAGACUGUAUUCUGCAGAGAGAUUUAGUGGCUUAAAAUCUGUUCGAUCUUGGUAUGAACAUGAUUGGUGUAGUCAUAGGUUUCUUCUCGAGUUGGCUUUGCUUUGUUUAUGAUUUGGUGUUUUUCUUGAACUGGUGAAGUUUUUUAUCUUUUAAUUGGGUGAAACUACUAAGUUUGUUAAAGUGCUAUUUUAGUAACGUUCCUAUUUACUA